AACUUCUUGUCCUAAACAGCUCAACACGCGCCUCACCGUUAUAAAUUUCUUCAUUAAAUUGUAAUUAGGGUUUCUUUUUUAUAUAAAGAUCCCGCACAAAUUCUUGUUCUUGGGUUCUUUUCAUUUCUUGUUCUUGAAUCCAAGAAAAUUUAAAAAAAAAAACCAUGCCUUUGCCAUGGAAGAAAGGAAAAACUUCAAGAAUUUCUCGGUUUGUAGCUGAUCUUCAGCCAUCAAAGCCUGCAAAUUCUUCUCUGGUUGUUGAAACUGGCUUCCCCACGUCUCUCGUUGAUCUUUUUGUCAAGAACCGUGAUCGUUUAAAGAAACCCAUCAAGAAAAAAAAGAAGCACCACCCAACUCAGUUUCACCACCCCCAGCCGGCGCCGGAGCUUGUCAUCUCCGAUCCCAUUCCUUUGUCUAGCUCGAGAGAUUUGGUCGUUAAGAAGGAGACCAAGACGGCUAAGCGGCUGGAGAAAUUGGCUGAGUUUAAGAGUAAGCCGCUGAGUAAGAAGAAAAGUGAAGUGUUUUUUGUUAGUGAGGAUCGGAAUCUUGGUUCUUGUGGUGAUCUUAAGGCUGUUGUUGAUAGUUAUAAUAAUAGUGAGAUUCAUAUUAAUGGGGAUGAUGGUAAGAAUGGGAAAUGUGUGUUAAUGGCGGUUUUGAAGAUGUUUGUUGUUGUUGUUUUGGCUUUAAGUACUAAGAGACUUGCUGUCGGUAUUACAUUGUCGGCUUCUUUUCUAAUUUUUCUUGAAUAUGUAGGGAAGCGUUUUUUUUGUUUCUUGAAACCUUGUUUUAGUGUAGGAGUUGUUUCUUUUAAAUCUUUGAUUCAGAGGGUUCUUUUCUUCUUUCGGAUUCGAAGGAGGUCGAAAGAAGAAAGGACGAAAACGUCGAGCGUUUUGCAAGGUGGUGAUGAGGAUGAUGAGGGUGAUAAUGUGAUUGAUGGUAGUGAUUUGAUUGAGAGUGUUGGACCGUUCUGUUGUAUUGAGGAAACUCGGGUCUCGGAACCUAGAUUAGAUAAGGUUUCGCGGCUUGAAGGCGAUAAGAGUGUGGAGAACGAAACGAUUAGGGAUUUGUUGAGGUGGAAUAAUAGAUGGGGGACUUUAGAUAUGGAUGAGAAGAAUUAUUAUGAAGAUGGAUGUGGAGAUGGGGGUUUGAAUUGUGAGAAACAGCAUGGGAUUAGUUGUAAGAUGAGAAGGAAGAUCAUGAAGAAGCUAGUGCCGAAGAAGUUGCGAAAAAUGAAGAAAGGGAAGAAGGAGUUCAAUGAAGUUGAUUUAGUGAGUGAAACAUCUAGCUAUUGGGGAGAGGAUAAAUUAUGGCCAAAUGAAGAUGCAGAAGAGCAACAAGCAAGCAAGUUCAAACUAUGGCAAUUGAUGGUAGAAGAAAAUGGAAGAGAAGAUAAAAAAGAGGAAGAAGAAAUGGAAAAAUGUUGGAAAGAGGAAGGAAAAGAAGAGGAGAAGGAAAAAUAUUGUCAAGAAGAGGAAAAAGUGAUGUGUACGAAAGACGGGGAUGAGAAAUUCGAGCAGAAAAUUUCGAGUUUUAGCACUGGAUUGCAUACUAAGUCGGAUAAGAUUGUCGUUGAGGAAACUGUGGAUAUAGAAAACGGAGGUAACUCUGCUUAUCUGAUUCUGUUUCUUAUUGUUCUUGCUGGACUUGUAGGUGGUCGAGUUCUAGCCCUUUUGAUUACUGUUGCGUCCUGUUCGAUGUUAAAAUUUGUAUAUAGAAGGAGAAGACGCGUACAUGAUCCUACAAAAAUGUCUCCUAUGCCAGUUGAGAUUUAAGAUCUUUAUCGGUUUUUGCUCCGAGAGGUUAUUAAUUCAUUUUGUUGUUCAAGUGAUGUUGUAGCUUUUGCUUCUGCAGAGGCUGUUCUUCAGUGUCACUAUUGUAUCUAGAUAUUCAGUUUGAGAGUGGAAAUUCCAACCUUUUUUGUUGGAAUUCCAACGUGAGGUGUUGUAUCUUGAAAUGUAAAUUUUACAGACACAAAAUUCAGAUAAUAUGAAAUACUUACAUUGCUCGAUUUAGCAAAUCAA